GACCGUGAAAAGCCUGGACCUGCCUCGCCACGCAGGGGAUGCAGCCCGAGACAUCGGCAGUCACCCUCUAGGACUCCAUGGUGGACAUGGGCAGAGCUCUGACAAACGCCCUGGUGCUGUCCAUGGUGCUGGGCUGUUCGGCUGUCCUAAUGGAGACUCUGCUGCCAAACGCCAGGGAACCUGUCGUCAACGUGGCCGUGGUGUUUGGAGGCUCUUCGUACCCUUCCCACAUCCGCAACAGGCUGACACACCAAAGCUUCCUGGAUAUGCCUUUGGAGAUCCACCCAGUCACGGUGAUAGUGAAUGAUACCAACCCCAGCACUCUCCUGACCCAAAUCUGCGGCAUGCUGUCCAGCACAAAAAUCCACGGGAUUGUCUUUGAGGACAACAUUGGUACAGAAGCCGUUGCACAGAUUCUUGACUUCAUCUCAUCCCAGACCCAUGUACCUAUCAUUAGUAUCAGUGGAGGAUCUGCUGUGGUCCUGACUCCAAAGGAGCCUGGCUCUGCCUUUCUUCAGCUGGGUGUCUCAAUUGAACAGCAAAUACAGGUGAUCUUCAAAGUCUUGGAAGAGUAUGACUGGAGCUCUUUUGCAGUUAUCACCAGCCUAUAUCCAGGGUACAAUGUCUUCCUGGAUGUGAUCCGAUCCUUCACAGAUGCCAGUUAUUUUGGCUGGGAGAUCCAGGAUGUCUUGACCUUUGAGAUGACCCAGGAUGAGAGCAACUCCAGAAUCCAAAGAUUGCUGCGUCAGUUAGAUGCUCAGGUGAUGAUUGUGUACUGCUCGCAAGAGGAGGCUGAAUAUCUCUUCCAAAUGGCAGAGCAGGCUGGUUUGAUUGGACCUGGUUACAUCUGGAUUGUACCUAGUCUGGCCGUGGGGAAUAUGGAGGUCCCCCCCAACUCCUUCCCUAUUGGCCUCAUCAGUGUAGUCACCGAGAGCUGGAAAAUGACCCUGAGGCAAAAGGUCCGUGAUGGCGUUGCUAUCAUCGCCCUUGGAGCGGAGAGCUAUUACAGUACCCACGGCUACCUCCCUAUGGUGGGCAGAGAUUGCAACAAUAAGAAUCCUUCCAGUGGACCCACAAACAACACUUUCUACAGGCACUUGCUGAAUGUGACCUGGGAACACAGGGAUUUGUCUUUCAAUGAAGGUGGAUACUUGGUGAGACCGACCAUGAUAGUCAUUUCACUAAACCGGCAUCGGCACUGGGAGAUGGUAGGGAAAUGGGAGAAGGGGAUCAUCCACAUGAAAUAUCCAGUGUGGCCACGCUACGGAUCCUUCCUGCAGCCCAUGGCAGACAAUCGCCACCUCACCGUUGCCACCCUUGAGGAAAGACCCUUUGUGAUUGUGGAGAAUACAGACCCAAACACGGGAGUGUGUGUUCGCAAUACUGUCCCCUGCCGGAAGCAGCCCAACCACACAGAGAGUGUUGAUGGACCUAUGGACCCUUACACCAAGCUCUGCUGCAAGGGCUUUUGCAUUGAUAUCCUAAAAAAGCUAGCCAAGACCGUCAAGUUCUCUUAUGAUCUCUACCUGGUGACAAAUGGGAAGCAUGGAAAAAUAGUGGAUGGUUUCUGGAAUGGCAUGAUUGGUGAGGUGUAUUACAAGCGAGCAGACAUGGCCAUUGGGUCUCUUACCAUCAAUGAGGAGCGCUCACAGAUCGUAGAUUUCUCUGUGCCCUUCGUGGAGACAGGCAUCAGCGUUAUGGUAGCCAGAAGCAAUGGGACGGUCUCACCCUCUGCUUUUUUAGAGCCUUACAGUCCAGCCGUGUGGGUGAUGAUGUUUGUGAUGUGUCUCACAGUUGUUGCCAUCACAGUCUUCAUGUUUGAAUAUUUCAGCCCUGUUGGCUACAAUCAGAAUUUAACCAGUGGCAAAAAGACUGGAGGGCCUUCCUUCACCAUUGGCAAGUCGGUCUGGCUGCUGUGGGCUCUCGUUUUUAACAACUCCGUUCCCAUUGAGAACCCCAAAGGCACUACAAGUAAAAUCAUGGUGCUCAUCUGGGCCUUCUUUGCCGUCAUCUUUCUGGCCAGCUACACAGCUAAUUUGGCAGCAUUCAUGAUUCAAGAGCAAUACAUUGAUACUGUCUCUGGGCUGAGUGAUAAGAAGUUCCAGAAGCCCCAGGAUCAAUAUCCCCCAUUUCGGUUUGGAACUGUUCCCAAUGGCAGCACAGAGAGGAACAUUCGGAGCAACUAUCAUGAUAUGCACACCCACAUGGUGAAGUACAACCAGCGCUCAGUGGAGGAUGCCCUCAUCAGCCUCAAAAUGGGAAAGCUGGAUGCUUUUAUAUAUGAUGCUGCUGUGCUCAACUACAUGGCGGGCAAGGAUGAAGGUUGCAAGCUGGUGACCAUUGGCAGUGGGAAGGUCUUUGCCACCACCGGCUAUGGCAUUGCCCUCCAGAAAGACUCCAAGUGGAAGAGGGCAAUUGAUUUAGCCCUUCUGCAAUUCCUGGGAGAUGGUGAAACUCAGAAAUUGGAAACAGUGUGGUUGUCGGGGAUCUGCCAAAAUGAAAAGAACGAGGUGAUGAGCAGCAAGCUAGACAUUGACAACAUGGCGGGAGUAUUCUACAUGCUGCUGGUGGCCAUGGGGCUGAGCCUGCUCGUUUUUGCUUGGGAACACCUGGUGUAUUGGAAGCUGCGGCACUCUGUCCCCAAGUCACACAAACUUGAUUUCCUUCUGGCUAUAAGCAGGGGCAUUUACAGCUGUUUUAAUGGAGUCCAGAAUCUGGAGAGUCCUGCUCGUGUUCACAAGCCUGACGUCACAGCAAAUUCUGCUCAGAGCAAUGUGCUGAAGAUGCUACAGGCUGCCAAGAACAUGGUUUCAACGGCCAGUGUCGGGAACUCGCUAGAAAACGCUACACGUACCAUUGAGAACUGGUCUAACAGGAGUGAAAACCUCCAAACAACUUUCUCCUUAAAGACUCCACAGCUUGUUGUUCAAAACACCAGUGGGCCUCAUAGGCCAGCCCAUUCCUCGAAUGCAGCAGCAGCAGCUGAGAAGCUUGGGAGGCCUCUACCACCCUCACUUCCUGCGCCCCAGCCAUCUUUGGUGCCAGCUGGCGAAAACUGGAGUGGGACAGUUGAGCAGCCUCAAGUGCUUCAUCCCCUGAAGUUCAGAGGCACCUAUUCGGAGGAUAAGGUUCUUCCAGGUUCCACGGUGAACAGCUCCUCACAUUAUGUGGCGAGACCCACAUUGCAGCCCCAUCUCAGAAACCAAGUACCGCUUGGAAACCACCUUAGUGCAGCUCCCCACUCCCCACUCAGGUCUCCUAGGGAGUUCCCUCUCCCUCCCUCCGAGUAUAAGCUCUCCAUGGCCAGAGGGCAUGGGAAGGAGCGAUUCUACCCGAAUGUUCAUCUGGUCUAUGGAGAAGGUGGGCACGACAGUUCGGCCGAAGGGGCCAGGCUGGCUUCCGCUUCUGAGAAAAGAAAGGAGUCGGAAGGUCCCUUCUUGCCUCAUGCCUGUGAGCAUAAUCCUUUCCCAAAGGCCGACAGGACUUGCAGACCCUUCCCUUAUCAAGAAUCUGACACUGCAGAGCUAAGGAGGCAGAAGCACAGCCGCAGAGCUAAUCUCCCAAGGCCGUUGCCGGAGCAGCAAGAGAGACCCCAGUCCCUAAGCAUCUGGAAGCAUCAUGGAAGAUCUCCUGGCUAUGGGGACAUGCCAGACCUCUUCCCCAAAGCUGGCCUGACUCCAAAACCAACAACCGUGCCUGGAAUCCAUCACGGAGUCCAUCACUACCCUCCCAAUGCCCUUAGGCCAAGCUAUACGUGCAAUAGGAAGUAUGUGGAGGCCAACGGUUUGUCUUGGAAAGACGAACGCCUGCUGCAUUCACAAUCCACAAAGCUCCCCUCCUACCGGGAGGCCUGCGUGCAGAACUCUCCAGGGGUGCGCAGGGCUUCCACGGUGGUGCACAAGCAGUAUGCCUACAUGAACUCUUACACAAACCUGCCUGUUCCCUGGGGGCGUAUUUACCAGGGCUCUCCUCAACUGUGCGAACAAUCCGGGGUCACCCAGCACUGCUUCACUCGAGCUCCGUGGUCUCCUUGCAGCAGGGAUUUCAUGGUCCAUGAAGAUGGUCACAGGACCAUGUACUUUGGCAGCACAUACAGAGACUGCAGGGAACGGAGCCGGGUGGAUCCAUCCUUUCUUCAGAUGAUCAAUACUGAGAGAAGGGACUUCCUGACAACCCAGAGGAUGCAGAGCCCUUAUGCAGCAAGAUCUUGGAGGCGAAUAUCCAGUCUAGAGUCUGAGGUCUGAUAAUGAAAAGGGGGUGGGUGGGUGGUUGGGUUGGGGGGAGAAGGCGGUAGGAACAUCUGGGACCAGCCCUAGGGAACGGCCUCAGUAGGAGUAAGCGACACACCUUUCCAACUCUGACGAGUCUGUUUCUCUCUAGUCAGCUGGUUUGUAUCCACAGAAAGCUCUUCACUUCUUCUGCACUGAACGGGAUCGCUGUUAAGAGCAAGUGACCUUCUCCUUCAUCUCCGGAUGGACCAAGAACAAAGCAGCAGCCACUGAAGGCACUUUAAUGACUGAAUUCUAAAGUCUUCCAUUGCUGGGCCCUGGGAUGCUAAAUCACACAUGCAAAAAAAAA